AUGCCAUUGAUAUCUACCGUCUACGCAGCCUCCCACCUGCUAUCCUACAGCUUCCUCUUCGGAACUCAAAUCUGGCACUCCUUCAUCGGCGGCAUCAUCUCCUUCCGCGUCCUCCCCCGCGCCUACUUCAGCGCCCUCCAACGUCGUCUCUUCCCAAUCUACUUCUCUCUCCAACUAAUCCUCUCCCUCGCCCUCCUCCUCACAACCCCAACAUCCCUAAAACAACUCCAACCCUCAAAAACCUAUGGUUUCCUCCUAACCGUUCUCGCAACAUCAUUCCUAAACGCCGUUGUUGCCGGCCCUUUUACCACCAGAACUAUGGAUAAGAGGAAGGAACAGGAGGUAUUCGAUGGUAGAAGUUACGAUGGGAGGAAAUUACCGGGGGUUACCGAGGGAGCUGAGAGGGGUGGGGAUAAGGAGAAUGAAGAGGUUAGGGUUAGUGAUGAGAUGAGGACUUUGAAUAAGAAGUUUGGGAUGUGGCAUGGGAUUAGUAGUUUGUUUAAUUUGGGAAGCGUGGUGGGGACUAUUGGGUAUGGUGUGCUUUUGGCGGAUAAGAUUAAUUUUGAUUAG